AUGCUACCCUAUAUGGACCAAGUACUAAGGGCAUUUUAUCAGAGCACCCAUUGGAGUACGCAAAAUAGCUACGAGGAUAUAACGGCCACAUCGAGAACAUUAUUAGAUUUCCGAAUUCCCUCAGCAAUACACCUGCAAAUUUCCAACAAAUCUACUCCCAAUACAUUCAAUUCUUUAGAUUUUUCUACGAGGUCCAGGAUAAAUGGUUCUCUGAGUUAUUUAUACUCCGAUGCACAGCAAUUGGAGAAAUUCAUGCGCAACUCUACUGAUAUCCCAUUACAAGAUGCCACCGAAACAUACAGACAAUUGCAACCAAACCUCAAUUUCAGUGUUAGUAGUGCGAAUACGUUGAGUAGUGACAACACCACAGUCGACAAUGACAAGAAAUUACUACAUGACUCGAAAUUUGUUAAAAAAUCCCUUUAUUAUGGUAGAAUGUACUACCCCAGCUCUGAUUUAGAAGCAAUGAUAAUAAAACGACUAAGUCCACAAACCCAAUUUAUGCUUAAGGGUGUCAGUAGUUUCAAAGAAAGCUUAAACGUUUUAACGUGCUAUUUUCAAAGAGAUUCUCACCGCAAUUUACAGGAGUGGAUAUUUUCCACCAGUGAUCUAUUAUGUGGUUAUAGAGUAUUACACAAUUUCCUUACCACGCCUUCCAAGUUUAACACCUCACUGUACAAUAAUUCUUCGUUGUCGCUUGGUGCUGAAUUUUGGUUAGGGUUAGUAAGUUUAAGCCCCGGUUGUUCGACAACUUUAAGAUAUUACACACAUUCUACAAACACAGGACGACCACUAACUUUGACAUUAUCUUGGAAUCCAUUAUUCGGCCAUAUAUCCUCCACAUAUUCGGCCAAGACAGGGACAAAUUCUACUUUUUGCGCGAAGUAUGAUUUUAAUCUUUAUUCGAUUGAAUCAAAUCUUUCAUUUGGGUGCGAAUUUUGGCAAAAAAAGCAUCAUUUGCUUGAAACCAAUAAAAACAAUAAUGAUAAAUUAGAACCAAUCUCCGACGAAUUGGUUGAUAUAAAUCCAAACAGCAGAGCGACUAAACUACUGCACGAAAAUGUACCGGAUCUGAAUUCAGCUGUUAACGAUAUUCCUUCUACACUAGAUAUACCUGUUCACAAACAAAAGCUAUUAAAUGAUUUAACUUAUGCAUUCUCGUCGUCAUUAAGAAAAAUCGAUGAAGAAAGAUCUACCAUCGAAAAAUUUGAUAACAAAAUAAAUAGUUCCAUUUUUACCAGUGUUUGGAAAUUAAGCACGUCAUUACGUGACAAGACUUUAAAACUAUUAUGGGAAGGCAAAUGGAGGGGAUUUUUAAUAUCUGCCGGGACAGAGCUGGUAUUCACUAGAGGCUUUCAAGAAAGUUUAUCCGAUGAUGAAAAGAAUGAUAAUGCAAUAUCUAUAUCAGCAACUGAUACAGAAAACGGCAAUAUACCAGUUUUCCCGGCAAAGUUUGGCAUACAAUUCCAGUACUCCACAUGA